UUGUGUCUGAACAGUCACAUGAAGCAGCGCUUUGCUUGGACUCCUCCAGGUUCUGUGGUGAAACUGCGCGCCCGUCAGUUGGAGUCGCCUGUCCUGUCGCCGACCACCCGCGAGGAAACAUGAACGUUUCCCUCUUCAACGUGACCCAGGUCGCGUUGUUUAACGGGAGCCAGAGCCUGAACGGGGCUCUGGCCACAUUCUCCAGCAACAGCACGGACAGCGUGGUGACCGGCGACGGCGGGGGGUCUCUGGUGCUGCUGCAAGAGGAGCGCAAACUCUUCGUGAUGCGCGUGGUGCAGAUCGCGGUGCUGUGCGUCCUGUCGCUCACUGUCAUGUUCGGUAUAUUUUUUCUCGGGUGCAAUCUGAUGAUCAAGUCGGAGAGCAUGAUUAACUUCCUGGUGAAGGAGCGGAGACCCUCCAAAGACGUGGAAACGGUCACGAUGGGGCUCAGCUAGAGCCCCGAGACCAGAUGCUGUUGUUGGAAGUUGAAGGCAGAUCCAGCAAAGAGGCAUUUGAGGCGGCAGGUCGAGAUCUGCGUCUGCAUAUACUCACUGAAGACGCUCUCUGUCUCCAAGAGAGAGAAAAUAUGCAAAAACUUUACACUCCCUUCCCAAAAUGACUACAGGCAAGUAGUCCAGCGACCAAUGUUUGUGCGUAAAGUUUGCGUAAAAUUCAGACAGUUGUUUACACGUGGCCGAUUUAUUGAAUAUUUAAAGAGAAUUUAAUAUUUGCAGCUUGAACAAAGUAACGACAAUGUUUACAAACUGUUACCUCAUGUUUUGUUCGACUAUUUUUGCUCUAUUUUGUGAAUUCGAGCUCUUUAAAAAUGUGUCCACAAGCAUGGUUGUAAAUUAUAGUUCCACGCCUGCUAGUGUAUUCCGUGGACGUGGUGAGGAUACCCUCCUAGAUAAAGUAUUUUUAUUGUUCUCGUUUGGUAAAUGCACUCUAAAUACAGAUAUUUGGCCGGGGUUUUUGAACAAACUCUGUCACAGCUUUAUGGGGUGAUUGUGAUCCUGUUUGGCAUGCUCGCUGAUUGAUCUGUAAAAGUGUUUUUUGACCCGUUUUGCACUUUUUAAAUCACUUAUGCUGCAUGAAUUAUUUUGUACUAAAUCAUUGAAACUGCAGCAUGCAAUU